UUUGCUUUUAAUUUUAUUUUCAUAAUUUUUAAUUUUAGGUAAUGAUUUGUAAUUGAUUUGUUUAAGUUUUUAAUUUCACUAUAAACGAUUUGUUUCGAUUUUUAAUUCAUUGUGGCAGUAGGAUUUAAUUAGUGUUUAGAAUGAUGUGCCCAUUUUGCUCAAUUUUCACUGCACCGCACUCUUUCUCCAUCUCCUCUCCAUUGAAGCAGCUUCCGAGCUUUGUGUUGUCCAUUGUAUUUGCUUCUCAAGUAAAUUGCUAUUUUGUUUUUUUGUUCAUCAUCGACUAUCAAUUCCAACUUUUUAGGGUUUGCUAUAAUUUAAAUUUGCAUUAUUGUUAAAUUAUACACAUAUCAGGUAUAAAAAUGACCUUUUUUUUCUCCUCUUUAGGAAUCUAGUUUCAUUUGUUCUAUUGCAUCUGUUUUUCUUUUAUGAGCAAGUUGAAAUAAGUUGUUUCCGGAUGUUAAAUGAUAUUUUUGUCCUCAAAUCACUUAAAAGAUACAUUCCAGUAACUUUGCCCAAUGCUUAGACUCCUAGGUUUGUCACGAGUCACACUGUGCUCUUGGAGUAUAUAAUAUGAUGGCUAUAAAGGUGAUCUUGUAUUUGUUUGCCAAUUAUUUGAAAUUUGUAGCUAGCUAGAGAUUGAUCUAGGUAUGAUGAGUUUUUUGCCGGGGUCAGCCAGUGAAGAACCCAUAUGCAAGCACAGAUGCUUGAAUGACAUGCUGACAUUGACAUAUCACAUAUGUUGUGCAUCUCCUAUUGCUCAACUUACCGAGCACCAGAACUGAUAUUCGGGGCUACAGAAUGUGCAUCAUCAAUUGAAAUCUGGUGUGCUGGUUGUAUUCUUGCAGAACUUCUUUGUGGGCAGCCAUUUUUCCUUGGUGAGAAUGCAGUGGAUAAACUAGCGGAGAAUAUCAAGUUUGUUGGAGUGCUCUACAAUUCCCCACGCCAACCGCCUUCGCUAGUUCCUGAAGGCUUUGAAGAAGGCGGUUCCCCUAGGGGUUAUGUUUCUGACAAUGGUCAUUUUAUUAAUUCUGACUCUGCUGUUGUAAGUAUUUUCAUUUCUUUUUCUCUUUUUGUUCUCAUUAUUUCUUGCCUUGUUAUUAAUAAUAGGUCUCUUACUUCAAAUUCCAGGCAUCAAGAAUUAACAGUAACAGUAUCCAAUGUGGCUUUUCCUAUUAUGAUCAGAGUAGAAGUGUGCUUGAGAAUGUGGUUUACAUUUUAACUGUACUUGUUUUUCUAAAUGGAAUCAUCAUGACACACAUACAAAAUGAGAUUACAUUUCUUCAUCCUUCCAAGCAUAUGCUAUUUGAUACUUUUAGGAGAAGGCUAGUCAUUUGGAUUCUUUUGCAUUAUACCAAUAUAUACUUUAGUUGGAUCUUCUACUAGUCAUCAGUCAGAGGGUUGUGCUUUUCUGGUUGAGAAACAGUGAGUUUAGUAUCUUAUUUUGAUAUCGGCCUUGUAUGAUAUUUAUGCAUUCUCUAAUAGAAGAAAUUUAAACAAUUUUUGCUUAGUGAAAGAAAUGUCGUCUUUUUACAUACUUUUAUUAAGUGAACUUUAGUUGGAGUUGGAUCAAGGUUUUAUUGAUGUCGCGUAUAUGAGCACCAUGUUUAGUUGACUAGUUUUUUGGCAAUUACCCUGAUCAUGUAUAAUAGUUUAGGCGUGGAAUAGACGGUGUAAUUGUGUUUGCAUUAAUCUUUCUAAUAUGAUAAAAUCUCAAGGUGUAUCAUUGUUAUUGAGCUCAACUUUGUCUGAGAGACAUACUUUCCUGUUCCAACAGUUUCUUAGGACUGAUGUAUUCUUUGAUCUAAACUUGUUCUCAACAAAAUCCAUGUCACUUGCAUUUGGCCUUUUAAUCUUACAUUCUAAGAUAUGUAGCUGUUGACCUUGGAUUUUUUAUUGUUUGAAGAAAUAUUUGCUCUUUUAAUCCACAUGUUGUGCUGUUGGAUUUCAUAGUAAAAUUCAGUGUGUAUUUCUCUCAUUAAAACUUGAACCUUGAGCACUCAAGUUCAUUCUCGUCAGAUUUUGGUACUUUUUUUGUUCAAUUUUACUUAUGUUUAAAGGAAUUUCUAAUCAAUUUUUGUUUAUUGUACUUUUAUGUUUAGCAGGAAAAUCCAUGGCUAAUGUAGUCGAUUUGAGUCGUUGCUUCUCAUAAAUGUUGUUGCUCCGGGGCGAUAUUGCUGUUUUUUUUUUUUUUUUUUUUUUUUUUUUUUUUUUGUUGUUGUUGUUGUGUAGAUUGGUAGCCAUGUAAUUUUUAAAAAUUUGUAUUUAAUGUAUACAGUAAAACUAUAAGGGGUGUACAAAAAUUGGCCCGGACCUGAAACCGGACCUGAACCGACCUGAACCGGACC